CAAGGAUUAUUAUCUUUUUGUGGUAAGAAGGUACCUGCAGUGCAUUUCCAGCAUUGGGGGAGGGAAGGUAAUGCGAUAUCCACUGUCCACAGAUGUUUUAGGAAGUCCUUUCUCAUCAGGUCGAGGCUACGGCACAGUAGUGAUCCGCAAAGUGGUUUCGGAGGGAGAUUUCAUGUACCAGGUUAGGGUUUUUGGAAGCAAGUCCAGUGUCAUGCUGAAAGGAAGUGAAGUGAGAGUGAGAGGAUCGGUACAAAGUUUGCCAGUGAUGUCAAAUCAGAGGUCUGCGGAUUUCAGCCCAGAAUUUCUCAAAAGGGAAUCAAAUGAGAAUGCAGCAUUAGAAAGCGCGAUUGCAACAGAGAUGAGAGAGGAAGUGUCAGAUCAUGAACGGAGCAGAAAGCACCAGGCCACGGAGGGCUGGAAGGUAGAGCCCGAGGACAAGCCGAAAGCCUCUGUGAGCGAUAAAAGGUCCGUGGUGACACGGUGGAAGCCACUAGUUGCCCAGAUGGAUGAGGUCGACAUUGAAUGGAACCAGGGGGAGCUGAGCUCUCUACUGACGAUUAAAACCAGGCAGUUGCAGUCUGAGAUGGUGCUAAGUGACAAGUUCAUAAGGGAGAAGGAAUUUGAUGAGCAGCAUGAGGGAAUAUCAGAUAACUUAUUCAGUCAGAACUUUUUCCCUAAAGAAGAGAAGCAGAGGGGCAAGUGAAAGAGUUGUGUGGUUUAUUCUAUGACCUGUGUACUUUGCAUAUCUGGAACCCAAUGCAAAAGACUUCCUUUACAAGGCUAACGGCAGAUUGAUGGGAGUGGUCAAAAGCUUCUUUUGGGUAACUGGGAAGGUUUUAUGAACCGAUGGUCCAUUUAAGGUUGUCGCUUUGUAAAAUGCCAUCCCUCUUUCAGUAAAGGUAGGAUAAGGAGCUCCGAAAACAGCCUUAUAAGGAACUCUGCUGUCCUGGCCAACAAUCUGCUG